AACCAAGCCACAAACCCAGUUAAACAAUUCGAUCGCGGUUCUAUCAUUCUCUGAACCACAAAUUCAACUUCUUUGGAGCUUUUCUCACCGAAUUACGCUUCGAAAUCGGACCGAAUUUCGGCCAAUCGAUAUCGUUUCGGUCCGUACGAUCUGUAUCGGCCAGUAUUACCUCGUGUUCUCCAAUGAUUUGAUCGAAUUCUCAAAGGAUUUCGAAUUUUCGACGCAGUCUUCGUUUUGGGCGAAAAUUUUGAUUCGGUGGAGUCAUGGAUUUCGUGUUUGCAGAUAGCAGUGGAACAGAUGAUGACCUUCCUCCUUCACAUCAAAAUAGAUUUCAAAGAUCAGGCCGUGCUUCUGGAAAUGGAAGAUCUGCAGUUGUAGGUUCUGCUCCAUUACCUAGGAUGCAUGGCGAUAUGGAAACCCAGAUCCACCUCAUUGAGCAAGAAGCAUAUAGUUCAGUUCUUCGGGCCUUCAAAGCUCAAUCUGAUGCAAUCACCUGGGACAAGGAAAGUUUAAUUACAGAACUUAGAAAGGAGUUAAGAGUUUCAGAUGAGGAACAUAGAGAGCUUCUAUCCAGGGUUAAUGCCGAUGACAUCAUCCGGAGGAUAAGGGAAUGGAGGAAGGCAAGGGGGCUCCAACCUGGCAUGCACAGUGCUUCUCAGGCUGUUCAUGAUCCCAUACCUAGUCCUACAGUUUCAGCGUCACGCAAGAAACAGAAAACAUCACAAUCUGUAGCUUCCUUGUCCCUAGGAGCACCAUCUCCUGCAUUGCAUCCAUCUGUGCAACCAUCUUCAUCAGCCUUGAGACAAGGUCCUUCUCCAGGAUCAAGAAGCAAAAAGCCAAAAUCGUACCCUUCUGCAGGUCUUACAGGAAGGGCCCCAGUGUCUAAUUGGGGUUCUUCAGGUCUCUUUGCGACAAAGGAACCUGCUGAGGCUGCAACCCAGGAUCCACUAAUUGGUAGAAAAGUAUGGACAAGGUGGCCUGACGACAACCACUUCUAUGCAGCAGUUAUAACUGACUACAACCGUGUGGAGGGCCUACAUGCUCUGGUGUAUGAUAUUAAUACAACAGAUGAAACUUGGGAGUGGGUCAAUCUCAAAGAGAUAUCUCCUGAAGAUAUCAGGUGGGAUGGUGAGGAUUCUGGAGUAUCUCGUAAGAGUGGCCGCCCUGGACCAGGCCCAGGCCGAGGGGGUAAGAAAACCAUGGCACGUGGUGGUGCAGUUAUUGGUGCUGGAAGAGGUAGAGGAACACCAAAGGGUCAGUCGAAGAAAGAUUUCCCAUUAUCACAAAAUGGAAUUGGGAAGAAGGCAGUAGGUGAUAUUGAAAUAGUUCACACAGAUACUCUAAUCAAGGAGGUGGAAAAAGUUUUUGAUGCUAGUCAUCCUGAUCCAAUGGAAAUAGAGAAAGCUAAAAAAGCGCUGAAAGACCAUGAACAAGCACUGGUUGAUGCAAUUGCAAGGCUGGAAGAUGCAUCUGACGGUGAAAGUGAUCGAGAACAUCCAUUUUCACAGGGGCAAUUAAUGGACCAGGAACAAGGAUGGAGGAAACAGCAAUAUGAUGAAAUGGGUGAAGGUAGAGUAGUUGAGGGUUUAACUGGGGGUAAAAUGGUCAGAGAGGCUGGAGUUGCAUCCGAUGAUCCACCAGAUGUAGGCAAUGGCAUAUGAUUUAAGUUGUGGCUUGUGCGUGUGUGCCUGUAUUAUUUUGUGUUCUAAUUUACGACCAACUAAGUGUAAGUUAACUUGGCCUAUGGUCUCUUACUUAAAAAAUUAGGCUUGGUUUUAUUGUAAGUUUGACUAAGCUGGGAAAAUGUUGAUGUAAAAAAUAUACUUGUCCAUGUAAAAAUUAUUUAGAUAGUGCAUGCUAUUCUCAUGGUUCCCUCUC